UAUCCACGUCAUUUCCAACCACCGCCUGCCGAACCCAUUCUCUCUCUUGCUCUAUCUCAUCCUAUCUUACCCCUUCCUCACUGUAGCUCAUUGCAUUUGCCCCCUUCCCUACCCACCCUCUCGAUUCUUCUUCUUCUUCUUCUGCUUCUUCUCCGUAUAAAUUACCUCUACAAACUCCUGAUCCGAAGUUUAUUCUCUUUUGAGAGUCUUCUCCUCCUCUUCUAGACUCUUGUCUUUCUUCUUUGCUAGAUCAGCACCUAAACAAAAUGCCUGCUUGGUGGGGAAGAAAGGGCAGCAAGAACAAAGGACAGAAACAACAAUCGCAGCAGCAGCAGCAAGUUGUAUACCAAAACCCAGUCAGCAGCCACCUCAAUCUGUCCAACUUGUCGAUCAAGAAUGAAAACACAAAGGGCAAGGAUAGGGAAAAGCCCAAGAGCUUCGACGAGUUCUUGCCGCGUAAUUCGCCGCGUACCAGCAGGGAUUUUGGCGGCUUGUCCGGGUUCUCGGGUUUUGAUUCGGACAGCGGCGAGAGGAAAUGCCAUCCGCUGCCUCUGCCGUCGACCUCGUCCGGGAACGAUCAUAUCCAUGGGGUUGUGCUGGGGUUGGGAUCCGGGUCGGGUUCGGUUUCGAGUGUGAGCUCCUCUGGGUCCUCUGAGGAUCAGUCAGUUGCUCAGGAAAAUGGUCAAUUCGGUAAUUUCAGAGGACAAGGUGAUACCAAGUUGAACAUGAGGUCGAGAAGCCCUGGUCCGGGGUGUAGGGGGCCUACAAGCCCCACGUCGCCUCUUCACCCACGAUUAAGUAGCUUGAGUCUGGAGUCUCCAACAGGAAAGCAAGAAGAUGGGAAGAGUCAAUGUCAUCGUCUGCCUCUUCCUCCAGGUUCUCCUACUAGCCCUUCUGCCUUGCCUAGCACUAGAACAAGUGGAGGCAUGGAAAACACAGUUUUUACAAAGUCCCAGUGGAAGAAAGGAAGGCUACUAGGAAGGGGGACAUUUGGGCAUGUAUACCUCGGGUUUAAUAGUGGAAGUGGGCAAAUGUGUGCAAUAAAAGAAGUUAGGGUUGCCAGUGACGAUCACACAUCAAGAGAAUGUCUCAAGCAACUGAACCAGGAGAUAAAUUUGCUCAGUCAGCUUUCUCAUCCAAACAUUGUUCGGUACUAUGGAAGCGAAAUGGGUGAGGAAACACUUUCAGUUUAUUUGGAAUAUGUCUCUGGUGGCUCAAUCCACAAAUUACUUCAAGAAUAUGGCCCAUUUAAGGAACCUGUUAUUCAAUAUUAUACCAGUCAGCUUAUAUCUGGGCUUGCCUACUUACAUGGAAGAAAUACAGUACACAGGGACAUCAAAGGGGCAAACAUUUUAGUGGACCCAAACGGUGAAAUCAAGUUGGCAGACUUUGGAAUGGCCAAACAUAUGAAUUCUUGUGCCUCAAUGCUUUCUUUCAAGGGAAGUCCUUACUGGAUGGCACCUGAGGUUGUCAUGAAUACAAGUGGCUGUGGCCUUGCUGUGGAUAUUUGGAGCUUGGGAUGUACAAUUCUUGAAAUGGCUACAUCCAAACCACCAUGGAGCCAGUUUGAAGGGGUGGCUGCAAUAUUCAAAAUUGGAAACAGCAAAGAAAUCCCUGAAAUCCCUGAAUUCCUUUCAAAUGAUGCAAAGAGUUUUAUCAAGCUGUGCUUGCAGCGAGACCCGUCGUUACGGCCAACAGCCUCACAGUUACUUGAUCACCCCUUCAUUCGAGACCAGGCAACAAGUAGAGUAUCAAAUAUGAAUGUGACCAAGGAGGCCUUCCCUUAUAUGUUUGAUGGAAGCUAUACACCGACAGUGUCAGAGCUCCAUUCCAAUAGAGCAAAGACCACUUGGAGUGAUAGAAGUUAUGCGACAAUGCCAGUAUUUUCCACUUCAGGAGCUAUGAAAAGCCCGAGGGAUAGUAUAAAAGCGAUUACAUCCUUACCUGUGUCCCCCUGUUCAAGCCCCUUGCGACAGUAUGGACCUGCGCACAAGAGCUGUUUUCUUUCCCCUCCUCAUCGAUCUUAUGCUAUGAUGGGACAAAGUGGCUAUAACUUGAAUGAGUACUCCUCGUAUACAACGAUUAGACCAAACAAAACAUUUACUCUUGACCCCUGGCAGGAGAUCUCCUCAUAUAAUAGAGUCCGUACCCCUGGUGGAUCACCAAGAACAAGACCUAUUUGAAUAUGUAAAUAUGAGCAAAAGCAUAGAACUUCCCUAGUCGCCCUGGAAUGUUUUAUGGAUUAGAGCCACACUUUCUGUAUUAGGAGGAUCUAGUAUUCAUGCUCCUCUCUUUUUAUUCUUUCGGACGGUUCUGCAGUUCAAUUUUGCCACCUCUUUUUAGGAGUGAGAGGAUGCUUUCAAUGUAUGGGAAGUUGAAGAAGAGAGCAGUAAGAGCGCCAAAAUUUCAAGUGUAUGGGGGGCAGAUGAUGAUGGAUGUAUUGAUGUUGUAACAAUAUCUUGAAGGUUGUAAAUGGACGGUGGUCUCCUUGUUUGUAACAUUAA